GUCGUUUGUUUGUUGUAAGUCUCAAUAUGGAAGGGGGCGUCGACGGAGGUGGCAGUCACCGCCGCAAGUACAUGGGACUGGUCACGUUACUCGUGUUGGUUAUCGUGGGGGUAAUAUGUUUGGACUCGUCGCUGGUAUCCAAAAUGCGGCGAGCCACCGUAGCUACCACCUCUCACUUGUCCAUUGUAACUUCAUCGACCCUUGUCAAAGCCAACAACACGGGCCCCUCUACUGACAACUCCACCAACCCCCCCGAAUUCUCUAACGGUAGCAGAACCAUUCCGACCGAUCCGAACCACACGGCUGCUUCCCCCCGUAACUCUGACCGUCCUUUCGAUGUCACUGGUGCCCGCACAGGUGAAUCUUCCGCCCCCACCGCGUCCACAACCCCAUUCCCCACACCCGUUGCAAUUACCGCAACAACUUUCUCCCAAUCCCGUCGUUUAGCGUACAUGUUGUACGCCACCGAUUCGCGCGCCGUGUGCAAUGCUCUGAUCAUGGCGCGCAACAUUCGUGCGACGGGGACGCCCGUGACCAUCCCAAUCGUCACGCUCGUCGCCAGCGACGUGGCUCCAGGCAUUGCUAAGCAACUCAUGGACCCAUCCAGCAACUUUGUCGUCGAGGUGGUAGAACCGUGGCAGCAAUCUCGGGUGCAUUUGAGCCACGAGUACGCGAACUCGUUGACCAAGCUGCGUAUCUUUGAAGAGCGCGGGUACGACAAGGUCAUCUACCUCGACUCGGACGCGUGGGUCCAGCGCAACUUGGACCAUUUGUUUCAUCUGGGGGACGCCAUCUUAUGGGCCCCGCACGCGUACUACAUCAGCCAACAAUACGCGUUUGGUUCUACGUUGCUCGUGUUUUCGCCGUCCAACGACGUCGUGGCGGCCCUUGCAGCUGCACUGGAGACCCCCCCGCGGCCCAAUUACUUUGACAUGGACGUGCUCAACGAUUUGUUUCGGCUAGACUGCGGCUACCUCCCGAACCAUUACGUCGUGCUCUCAUAUACUUUGAAUGACGACGUCACAUGGUCGUUCAAGACAAAAGAGGAUCGGAUGGCUAACACCUAUGUGUAUCACUUUUCGCCUGGACUGGGGGUCGGUAAACCCUGGCAAACGCCCAGAUCCAUCCUAAGCGACAUGGACCAAGCGUACGAACCUCUGUUUUAUGACCUCUUUGCCCGGUAUUGGCAACAAGAGGACACGUUGUGCGCGUCGUGGUUGCGUUAA